GGUGUUUCAGUGGAGGCUGUGAGGACUGUCGGUUACUGAGGGAAAUUCAGAGCAUUGUCGGUUUAUAAUGGCCAAGAGUUUGCUAUCAAGACUUUAUGACCUCUUUACAUGUUUGAAAUAAAUAAGUGCACGGGCUCUGGAAUCACAAGGUCGACGUCACCUUGAUCAGAACCAAUCACCAAUCAGCAGCGUUCACCUGUACGCGUGAACAGGUAACAAACGUCUAGAAGCUCUCGAGCGUUUUCAUAUUUAUCAGUCUUUUAACAUCGUCUGUAUUCUGGUCGCUUUUUUGAUUGUAUUACAAUUUUGGUUUGAUUCAAAGUGUUUGCUUUGAACUGUAGGCUAUACUGAAGGAUUUUAUAGUCUAGCCUAUAAACUUUUCCGUAACGGAAAUGGACUACUUGAUAUUUUUUUCGUUUGCUCUGAACUGAAUGUGAUAUUUGGAACAUUUUUAUAUUAAAAAGAAGAAGAAAAAAGUGAAAAAAACUUCAGAAAAAGUAAGGAAUUUCUCUCAAACUUGGAUAAACCGUUGUGAAGGGAGCAUCGUCUCUUCCACGCUUCUUUCGCCAUGAAUAUUUAACUGUCUGCUCAGACUGACGGACCGACUUCAGAUUGGGAAUAUUCUCUGAUGAGGAUGAUGAAGAUGAAAGCUGCUGUGCUGCAGAUGCUCGCGCUGUGUCUCGCGCUCCGUUCACCUGCGCGCGCUCAGACGGAGGAAGCUAAACAUGAAGUGUGUACAGGCACACAGAACUUGCUGAGUGUGACGGGAAGCUCUGAGGUCCAGUACAAACUCAUGAAACAGAUGUACACGGGCUGCAAGAUUGUCAUAGGCAACCUGGAGAUCACGCAGAUGGAGCACAACCGCGAUUUCUCAUUCCUGCAGUCUAUCCGUGAGGUGACGGGCUACAUCCUCAUCGCCAUAAACCAGUUCAGACGUUUACCGCUGGAGCAGCUGCGAGUCAUCCGAGGGACGUCUCUAUAUGAAGAUCGCUUCGCUCUCGCCGUCCUCGUCAACUAUCAGAAAGACGGAGUGAACGGACUACAGGAGCUGGGCCUCACACACUUGACAGAGAUCCUGGAGGGUGGAGUGCAGAUCAUCCAGAAUAAAUUCUUGAGCUAUGCACCGCAGAUUAACUGGCUAGACAUUGUGAAAGACAGCGGGGCAGAAAUCAUCAUUGAAGACAAUGGACCAGAACGUCACUGUCAUGAGUCUUGCGGGGGUCAGUGUUGGGGUCCUGGAAAUGACUCUUGUCAAGUCUUGACUAAGACAGUGUGCGCACCGCAGUGCAACGGCCGCUGUUUUGGCCGCAGCCCGAGCGAGUGUUGUCACAUCGAGUGUGCGGGGGGCUGCACCGGGCCGCUCGACACCAACUGCUUCGCCUGCAGAAAUUUUAACAACUCGGGGUCGUGUGUGCCACAGUGUCCCCAGGCUCUCAUCUAUAAUAAAGACACGUUCAAACUGGAACCGAAUCCUAAUGCAAAAUACCAGUAUGGCACAAUAUGUGUAUCACAUUGUCCCACUAACUUUGUUGUAGACGGCAGUUCGUGUGUUAGCAGCUGUCCGGCAGACAAGAUGGAGGUGGAUAAAAAAGGAGUGAAAAGAUGUACGCCGUGUGGGGGUCUCUGUCCGAAAGCAUGUGUUGGCACUUAUGCUGGCACUUCCAGAGAGACCGUGGACUCGCAGAACAUCGACAGCUUCAUAAACUGCACUAAGAUUCAGGGCAGCCUGCAUUUCCUCAUAACAGGAAUUAAAGGAGACAGUUAUAAUAAUAUUAGUGCUCUUGAUCCAAAGAAACUGAAGAUCUUCAACACUGUCAGAGAGAUCUCAGAUAUUCUGAGUAUUCAGUCUUGGCCUGAAGAGCUGGAUACUCUUUCAGUUUUCUCAAAUCUAGCAACAAUACAGGGAAGAAGUCUGUACAGAGGAAUAGGCACUAAGAGAGUUCACGCACUUUUGGUGAUGAAGAUUCCUACCUUGAAGUCCCUUGGUCUCCGCUCACUGAAGCGGAUCGGUGACGGAGGCAUCUACAUCACAGGAAACAAACAGCUCUGCUAUCAUCACACUGUUAACUGGACACGUCUGUUUGGGAGCGGCCCUCGGGCCCAGCGGCGCCAGAAACCCCUCGACAUCAAGGACAACCACCCACAAGAGCAAUGCAUUGAAGAAGGGCAUGUGUGUGAUCCCCUGUGCUCAUCUGAGGGCUGCUGGGGUCCGGGACCCGAUCAGUGUGUGUCUUGCAAGAACUACAGCAGAGGAGGAACAUGUGUACCACAAUGCAACUUCCUGUCAGGCGAAAAACGUGAGUUUGCUGGAAUUAAAAAAGAGUGUAUGCCGUGUCAUCAAGAGUGUGCCGUGCAGGACGGGACACACACCUGCAAAGGACCGGGUGCUAAUGAUUGUGCAGCCUGUGCACAUUUGCAGGACGGGCCGUACUGUGUGUCCUCAUGUCCAGAGGGGGUCCAGGGGGAGAAUGGACUCAUCAUUUAUAAGUUCUCCAAUAGCCAGCACAAAUGCCAACCAUGCCAUGCCAACUGCACCCUAGGAUGUUUGGGUCCAGGUCAGAAUGAUUGUGUGGAUUCGCCCAGGAGAGAAGUUGUGUUGCCGGUGACAGCAAUAGUGCUGAGUGUUAUAUCCUGUGUGCUGGUCGCAUUCUCAGUGUUUGUGCUGACCGUUCUUUAUCGCAGAAGUGUUUCCAUCCGCAGAAAACGUGCCAUGAGGAGAUAUCUGCAGCGUGAGGAGAGUUUCGAACCACUGGAUCCAGGAGAAAAAGGCACUAAAGUUCAUGCACGCAUUCUGAGAGGGUCUGAACUACGAAAGAUCAAAUCUCUGGGCACUGGAGUGUUCGGCUCUGUGCACAAGGGACUUUGGAUACCAGAGGGAGACACUGUAAAGAUCCCAGUGGCUAUCAAGACUAUUCAAGACCGUACAGGACGACAGACCUUUCAGGAAAUUACAGAUCAUAUGUUGGCUAUGGGGAGUCUGGACCACCCGUACAUAGUGCGGCUCUUAGGCAUCUGUCCCGGGCCCAGUCUGCAGCUGGUGACUCAGCUCAGCCCCCAGGGGUCUUUGCUGGAGCACAUCCGGCAGCGCAGAGAGAGCCUCAACCCUCAGAGACUGCUCAACUGGUGUGUGCAGAUUGCCAAGGGUAUGUACUAUCUAGAGGAGCAGCGAAUGGUCCACAGGAACCUGGCUGCCCGCAACAUCCUGCUCAAGAGCGACUUUAUUGUUCAAAUAGCCGAUUAUGGCAUCGCUGACCUCCUGUACCCUGAUGACAAGAAAUACUUCUUCAAUGAAAUUAAGACACCAAUUAAGUGGAUGGCCCUCGAAAGCAUCUUGUUUCGUAGAUACACACACCAGAGUGAUGUAUGGAGUUAUGGUGUGACUGUCUGGGAAAUGAUGUCAUAUGGGGCGGAGCCAUACUCUUCUAUGCGGCCACAAGAAGUACCCGAUCUGUUAGAGAAAGGGGAACGUCUCUCUCAACCUCAGAUCUGCACCAUCGAUGUCUACAUGGUCAUGGUCAAAUGUUGGAUGAUUGAUGAAAAUGUUCGGCCAACUUUCAAGGAGCUAGCCAACGAGUUCACCCGAAUGGCCAGAGACCCGUCCCGAUAUCUCGUCAUCACAGAGGAGGCCAGAGCCCCUGACCCGGCCUCAGAUGAGUCCCAUCAGAGAGGAACUGAGUUGGACAUUCUAGGGGUGGCGCUGGAGGACCACGAGGAUGAAGUCUUGGAAGACACCACAGACAUGCCACGCUAUAUAACACCAGCCAGAAGUUUCUCUAGAUUGCGUAUAGAUUCUCAUCGGUCAAGUCUGACUCCAUCUAAUAUCGCUGGAUAUCUUCCAAUGACCCCUGGUCUGGAGAGCUCAGUACAGACGGGAUGGGCAUCUCGGGCCCGUCUCGACUCUGGAUGCACUGUUUCGGAAAGCUCGGAGGGACGGGGAACUGCGGUGGAAAUGGAGAUGAACGAGGACAUGUCUUGGGUUGGCAGCAUGAGGAGGGUCAAACAUCGUGAGGACAGCGCUUAUAUGUCUCAGCGGGAAAGCCUUUUAGGACCUCCGGAAACAACCUCCACAGGGACUCCAGGAGAAGAAGACCAAAAUGAAUAUGUGUUGCCUGGGUUUGGUGAAAGUCCAGAGAAAGAAACUCUGUUCACAUCAUCACGUGCAAAACGUUCUCAAAGAAGAAUCUCGAGAGGUCAUUCUGGAGACUUUUUGGAGGCCCACAGUGUUGCGGGUGAAGAAUACGAGUAUAUGAACAAUCCGACCCUCUCUCUCGGGCAUAUACCAGGGCAGCUUAAAGAUUACAAUCAGCGACUGCCACGCAACCGCAGCGCCUCCUUCAACCCCGCCGGCUUUUACAACAAUCACAAAUCUCUAGGGUCCAGCAGCAGGCCCAGUAAGAGAUCAUCGAUCGAGGGCUCAGAAAGCAGCGGAGGUCUCUCCCAGUCCUCGACUGACCAAAGGAGUCACAGCGAUGGCGAUUUCCUCUCCAGUGAAACAGAGUACACCGACGGCGAUCUGGAUCUCCAGGGGGUUCAGUACGAGUACAUGGACAUCCGUGGUGGUGCAGGACCACCAUCCAACAUGGUGCUCAAAGUUCACCUCCCAAGACCGGUUUCCCAUCCUCCUCUCAGAAGAUCGCCACAAGACGAUGAAGACGAAUAUGUGGAGGAAGACUAUCAGUACACUAAUCACCAGCCUCGGCUGAGGAACUCACUCAGGGUUCAGGGGUUAAUGCAAGGGGAAGGAGAGGAAGAUGAAUAUGAGGAUAUGGACUCAUUGGCUGCAGGUGGAGCAUCGGCAGCUGAAUACCAGAAUCUGGACGGAGAAGAUGAGGAGAGUGAUGGGCUGACGGAUGAACCCCGGAACCUGGGCCCGGGAAAGUAUUUAAAAGUACAUGCAGGGAUGGAACAUAAAGCUUUUGAUAACCCUGACUAUUGGCACAGCAGGUCGUUUCACAAAGCCAAUGCUGUCCGCACGUAGAAAUGGAGAAUAGCUUGAAGGAACUUGAUGCAAACGAAUAAAUGCAAGUUGAACUUUCUUCAGUGACCAGCGUUCAGGAUAUUAUUCAAAAAUGCACUUCUUACUGGAAUAAAUCCAGAGAAAAACUGAGGCAAUCUUGAAAAAAUAAAUGUAUUUUGAUCGCAAAAUGUAUUCUUGGUGUAAAAAAAAAAAUGUGGCAUUAUGGUUAAAAUACAUUGAAACAAGAGCAGCUUUGUUCUUUUUUUUUUACUAUGGUGGAGGUACCAGAAUGACCAGAUUCAUGAGCUACACAUUGAAUGGGAAGAUAUUUACAUCUAUGUAUGUGUGUGGUUACCUAAAAUGUUCUGUUCCUGCUAAGUUUGUGUAACUCAUCGAGAGAAGCCAUAAGUUUGCUGUUGUGAGUGUUCAUCUUAAAUAUCUGUUAUUUAGUGUGUUCAUGAAGUGCCCAGUUCAGUCAGCAGCUGUUACUGCCACACCACUCUGCAUCUGCUCAGAUUGCACUCAAGUUAUUUCACAAAAGUAUCAUUUUUCGAUUUAUCAUUUUACUCAUUUCGAAAUAUCUAAUAUGAGGUAUUUACAUUUGGAGUCAGUUGAAUAGCAUAUUGAUUGAAUUUGGGUAAAGUCCUUUUUGAUGUCUUUGAGGUGUUUGUUGUCCAUGCCUUCUGAACAAAUAAUGAAGUACUUGUAUUAUGUUUCAAAUGAAAUGGCCAGUAAACAAGCUUUUAUAACAAACUGUAGUUUUGUACACACAUAUCAAACUAAAGUAUUUUCUCCACUUUGUAACGGUUUGAAAUUAUAUUUUGGUUUUAUCGUACACUUUCAAUAAAAUAUUCCUAUGUAAAGCUGAA